AUGGACACCACGCGCAAGGAUUUCAUCGAGGACCACACCACCGAUGACCAGAAAUUUAAGAAGCAAUAUCAGACUGUCGGCCGACCCCCGGUCACGGAUCACGACAUUAACGACGAGUAUAUGCGCGAUCCUCCAGACAACCUGAACAUCCCUGGAGAGACGUCGACGCUGCGCAAGGCACCCGGCCUGAAGGAGGGUGCACAGGAGGUCACAGACCCCAAGCAAGACGGCGUCCUCGGUGACCAGCCCACGGGCAAAGUCCAGAAGAAUGUCGCGCUAGCAGACUUAGCGAGUGAGAAUACCGUCCACCCAAACUCGACGUCAUGA